AUGUCUCAGGACUCGGACUCUCGCUCACAGGCCUCUUUGGCUCCUGCUGCAGAGAUCAUAGUUCCGAGCACGCCACCACGCCGAUCCAUUCUUUCGGCAUCCCCAGAUCUAAAGCCAGUGCGCGAUACCAACGAUAACAACAAACAUGCCGGGUUCUGCUCACCGCAGCCUGCAUCCUCGUCUGAAAUGACUCCACCGCCCUCGUCUCAAGUGCAUGCUCCUCUGCGCCGCCGAUCGCACACCAGAUCCAGAUCAGAUUCUGGCUCCCAUGUGGUCAUCCCGGCUUCUCCUCCUAGUGGAUCUCUAGAAAAAUCACUCUAUGCUGCUUAUGGCGCUGCGGAGAAUUUGCCCACAGCUGAAGAGAUCGAUGCUGCAGGUGAUCUCCAGCUUCGGACGAUAGCCAAGGACCUCUUGGGCGUAGCGCAAGAGGCUCGCAUGUCGGCUCUGCACUUCAAGCUACAGAACAGUCUUCUUUCCUUCACAAGCAACGAAGCCAUUAAAAAAGCAGAAGUUGAACACCAAUUGGCUCGAAGAGAGGUCGAGAUUCUUCAGAGUGCAGAGUACCAGAGCCGCCGUGGCAUGUCCAGUUCUCGGACACCUCGGCUGUCCCCAAGUCCACAGCUAAACGCUUCUUUGAAAAGAAUUGAAGAACUGGAGCGAACCAACGCCAAAUUAGAGGAGAGACUCUUGAAUGCGAAGAAGCUCAUUAAAGAAAAGAUGGAGGAAGGAGACUUCAAAAACGAGUCACUUAAGGACGAAAAUGGGCGUUUGAAGAAGCGUAUUAGAGAUAACCGCGAGCAUCUGACUCGCCUCCUCGACACAGGCUCAUUGUCUCCCAGCACUCGUUCUGAAUUCCAAACCCCACAAAGAAAGUCCUCGGCCAGAUUCCCAGACAGUGCACGUACACAAGCGAGCAACCGUGGUGGCAAUCACGAUGCCUUUGCUACUCUUCUGGCUGCCGAUCGUGUGUUACAUGGAGAUUCUACAACCCUGUCACCCGCAAAAUCUCGCCAGCCGAGGCAUAAUCAUGGAGUCUCACACGUACGGGGGGCUCAUUCUAUGUCUUCUUUUCCAACGACCCCACGGCAUUCUUCUACCGUUGAUGAUACACAAUACAUAACUCCUGGGAGCCGACCUAGAGAGAGACCUGUCGAGCAUACCCCUGAUCAAAGACAGACCCGAGGACAAGGAAGCCGCUACGAUCGUGAUAGCACAAUUUCCGCCUCUGAUGCGGAAGAAGUCGUUACAGAUGAAGACCUCCCAGCUUCUCAGGCUAGCUCCCUUGCCACCAGUAUGCUCCGCCGUCAACCCGAGGCCAACCAAAAAGAGCAACCCCCAGCACACAACCUCAACAAGGCCAACACACUAUUCCAGACAAAGCUUUUUGGCCAAGUGAGAAAGGCAGGAGUUGAGCGGCCAGAUGCAGCUUCACAGAAACGCAAAAGAUCAUUUGAAGAACUAGGCCCGGCGUUGAAAAAACCCAAGGAUGUCGGCCUCGGUAUUGAUUCGUGGAAGGUGUCAUCAGCAUGA